CACGAACAGAGAUACAGACACGGGCCUGACAAUUGCGGCUGCGGUUUAUUGACAGCCAGCACAGCAUUCUAUACUCUGAACCCUCCAGCUUGUGUUCGAUAUCAAUACAUCACUUUCGACAUCAUCCAAGACCUCGAGACUAGAGCCGUGCGCAGUCAACUUCACCCCAGAGUAACAGACGUCUGACGUUGUCUGGCGACGCUCUGUAACAACUCUCGUUUGGAAUACUCUCCAUCGACGCUCUAGUCCCAUUCCCGUGAGGGACCUACUUCCCACCCAUGUCACACAUCCGGUGACAAUCCGCCUCCAUGGUCACCAUGGCCGACAUUGUCAGCAGUCGCGCUGUCGACCCAGAUGCGCAGGCUGCAGUCACCGACUUCCUAGACUACACCGAAUAUCUCCCCGCUGACAUGAUGCGCUCCUUGACCCUCAUCCGUGGUCUUGACGAUGCCUAUCAGACAACGACCGGUCUAAUACAUGAUCUGACUUUGGCGUAUGGCACCUGGCCCUCUCAAAAUCCAGCCACUCGUCCAGAUCCUGCACAACUGCGCCUCCAGAUCUCCUCCCAGCUCGAUGCCGCUCUCAGAGCCCGAGAUUCCUCCUUUGCUGAGGCUUCCCGUCUAUAUGAUGAGGUUGACAGACACCAAAAUCGGCUUCGUAGCAUCAUUGCAAAACUCAAGGCCAUACCAAAGCCUCCUUCGCGGGAUCCCACGCCUCAACCACCCCCCUCCACCCGCACCAAGCGCUCUAGAAGCGGCCGAAAGAUCGAGACGGCCUCGCGACUCACCCUGAACCCCCCUCGAGGGAACGCCGUUGCGGCCGCCCUUCUUAAAAGACCUCGUGGACGACGGGUCACCGUACCUGGUGAAGUCAUGCCGCCCUACGACCCCGACUCCCCAAUCGCUAGUACCGAAGUGUCGGAUUGGGACUCGUCUCCACCUCCACCCUCCCCUCCUAAGCCAGUCUUGAAGCUCAAGCCACUUAAAGCGUCGGCAUCUUCCCAGCGUGACCGGUCUGUCGUCGCUCAAGAAAAGCUUCGGACCACACGAGAAACAACCGAGCCGCAGAACAGACCAACUCCCCCACCUGAGGACGCGGCGAUUGGCAGCAAGUACAAGCCGUGGACCUACCUGACCGAAUACGAAUUGUAUAAACUACGAAAGAAGAUGAAAAAGAACCUGAACUGGGAACCGAGCGAGGUCAUGGUCAAGCGAGAACUCGCCGACAGGGGUCGCGGAUGGGAAAACUACUACCGCUCUAAAGCUCUUGCGACGGCGAAUGGAACAAAAUUUGUUGACCUGGACUUUGUUGAGAAGGUCUUGAAGCCGUCUUCCGACGACAAGGGUACCACGGACAAGGGCGGUCAACCCCACAGGAGCGAAAAGGCCAACGAGUCUGAGCCUCAGUCCGAGUCUGAUUCGUCAGACGAUUCAGAAUCCGCCGAAGACUCCUCAAGUCCCGAAUCUAGCGAUGAAGAGCAAGAAGAUGACGAUUCAUCUGCUGUAGGCUCAUCUGUGGAGCAACCAGUGGAAAAGUCGCAAGCCACGCCAACUCAGAGCAAUAUCACUUCAACUGUCACCCCAGCUACCAGAUCUCGCCAGACAGACAAGACUCAAAAGGACAACAAGACUCAGACUGGUCCCAAGGACCCACCCGUCAAAUCUCAAGCAGCACUUGCAGCGCAGGAGGCUGAACUUGCUGCGCGUCGGUUAGGCGAUAUCGGGUCCAAGUUUCGAACUCUGUUCACCACACCGUUUGCUUCUGCCCUAGCCUCGCUCGGUAGAGGUGCGAGCACACCGACUGCCACUCCGAUGGCAGGCAAAAGAACGACCAGUCGGCCAUCGCGGAAACGAAAGGCGGAGGAAACACCAAGUGCAUCAAUUUCACCUUCGGCGGAAUCGGACCCUUCGAGAAAGAAACAAAAAACGGCUCCCAAACCCUCUCCACUCGCCAUGAGCCCAGUUUCGCUACCAGGCUCGGUCUCGGCGACGACAACCAGCUCCGUCAGUGAAGCACCACCUCAGCAAGCUCAGCCGCUCCCCGAUACUCAAAGUGCCGGAACCAUUAAGAUACCGCUCAAGCUCACUAUAUCCUCGUCAGCAGCUCCCCACUCGAAAACUCCGACUCCAGCGCCGACGAUCCGCGCGGCUAGCGUCCAGCGUGCCAGUGUCGUUCCAAAAACCGAGUCUACUCCUCCCGCACCCUCCCGACCACCCUCACGUCGCUCAGCUGCCGCUUCCGUGGAACCACAAGCCUCCCGGCGUAGUAGCCGACGACCAUCCAUGACCCCUUCCUUUGUCGGGCGGCGGACUCCCGGAGCAGGGGGCAUUGAUGCGAGUCCCAGGACAACGGCAGCCGGUCGGCGCAGCAAGCGCGAUGCCCCGGGGACGUUGAAGCAAAGCAGUCAGGAUGGCGGAGCUGCUGUCAGUGUCAGCAAGCGUCGAACCAAGCCAAUGAAACAGACCAAGACGACACCGAGAUCCUCUGCGGCGUUGCAGGCGGAGAACGUGCCACAGAUUCGAGUCGAUGUCGAUGGACGACAGGAGCUUGUUGAUCCCGAGGAAGAGAGAUAUUGCAUUUGUGGUGAUGUCUCUUGGGGGGAGAUGAUAUGCUGUGAGCUGGAUGACAAGUGUGACUUUGGACAAUGGUUUCACAUGGAGUGUGUUGAGCUCAACGAGCUACCUCCUCGUACUAUCAAAUGGUACUGCCCAGGAGACCGCAAGAAGCUGCACAGAGGGGAAACUUCCAAUGGGUUAGUGGGACGCGGUAUCAAGGGAACGCCUGCAAGUUGAUGGGCUUGAGAUGCGUGAUAUCUGCUAUGGAAAGGGCUACAAAGGAUGUUGUUAGUAGAGCUUGAAGGAUUGCUUGAUAUCCAGCGCUCGGUUUAUAGGGACAAGAUUGGUAUCCCAAGCCUGGACAAUCGAACGGCAUCCGGCAUGGUUGAUAGGCGGAUAUGUAUAUAUAUAGAUAUACACUGGUUACAGGAGAUACGAAGGAUGAAUGAG